AUGGAGGAGCUGCCUACCCUGUUGCUGGGAAACCUGAAGGAAAAACUCCGUGAAAGCGAAGAGGCAUUAUUGGAAAGGACACAACUUGUGGAUGUGUUGGAGAAAAAGCUUGAUGGGAAGAAUCAGGAGCUAGCGUUGCUGGACAACCUCAAGGAAAAACUCAGUGAAAGCGAAGAGGCAUUAUUAGAAAGGACACAACUUGUGGAUGUGUUGGAGAAAAAGCUUGAUGGGAAGAAUCAGGAGCUAGCGGAGUUAGUUGAAGAUUUGAGCGUCAUUGAGAUGGAAAAUGAAGAACUCAAGGACAAGCUUCUGGCUGAAAAACACGGAAUGAGAACCAAGGUCCGAAAUAUGACGGAAAAGCAUGAGGCAGAUUUUAAAAAACUCAACAGAAAACACAGGACUCAGCUUCGUAAAAUCCAUGAGAAACAUGCUGAAGAAACAUCACUGAAAGAUCAGUGCUGUGUACAACUUAACAAAGAUCUGCAACUUUUACCAUCUCAUGCCUGUGCACCUCUUGCAGAACAGGCAACUUGUUCUUUAAAUGAUUACACCAAACAGAAGAUUGGGGAACUGGAAGAACAAGUGAGGCUUAUGACGCAAGAGGCUGAAAAAUCAGAGGCCAGGUUCAUUACAAUGGAAGCUCAGUCCAAAUUGAAAAUCAAGAAGAUUGAAGAGGAGCUGGACAAUGUACAGGAGCUGCUGGAGCUCAAAGAUAUAGCCGUUGACUUGGAAGAGGAGAACGAACAGUUACACCUGAAAGUGAACUGGCUACAACACGUCGAGGCACAAAAUGAGGAUCUUCAAGCAAAAUUGGAAGAAUAUGAAGAGCAACACCAGAACAUGCAAGCAGAUUUAGAACAAGCUACCAAGGGACAAACUUCCCAGAUUGGGAGAAUUUGUGAUGCAUUUAAUUCCUCCAUGUACAAUCUUAAUUCCAAGUGUGUGCAUUCUGCACAGAUUCAACAGUCUCAAAUUAAGGCCGUUUCGAUGAUCAGGGAGUUUAUUCUGCAGAAGAUCUAUUCAUUUCGCAAACCCAUGACCAACUUCCAGGUUCCUCAGAACGCACUGUUGAAAUACAGGUUUUUCUACCAGUUCUUGCUGGCAAACGAGCGUCAGGUGGUGAAGGAGAUCCGGGAUGAAUACGUGGACUCCGUCAGCAAGAUCUACCUGUCCUAAUUCAAGUCCUACAGCAACCGGCUGAUGAAAGUGCAGUAUGAAGAGGUCGCUGACAAGGAUGAUCUGAUGGGAGUGGAGGACACGGCCAAGAAAGGCUUCUUCCUCAAGCCGUCGCUGAAGAACAGGAACAUCAUCUUCACCCUGGGUAACCGUGGAAACGUGAUUGCCUCGUCGGAACUGGAAGCCCCCAUCAUCGUGCCCCACGCAGCACAGAAGAACGACACUCGGUACCCCUUUGAGAGCCUGUUUCGGAGCCAGCACUACGGCCUUCUAGACAACAGCUGUCGUGAAUACCUCUUCCUCUGUGACUUCUUCAUCGUGACCGGAAGCUCCGCUCAAGAUCUCUUCAACACCAUCAAGGGCAAAACCCUCAGCAUUGUCUUGAAACACAUGGACAUCUAUGUUGCCGAUUGCUACGACAGUAUCGCCGUUUUCCUGUCCAUCCACAUCAUCCUCCGCUUCUAG